AUGAAUCCAUUCGUCGCUACAUCGCCUCCCCUCCAGCCCGAGACGAGUAGGCCGGCUCACGCUGUCCACGACGACUCGCGAAAUGUGUUUGAUCUGUUGGACGACGUUGCCACUGCCCACAGUACAUCAAACUCGAUAUCCGGGCAGGAACAAUCAGGAAAUAGAACAAGCCUCUCUCCAGACGUGCACAUGGGCGGCACGGACGAUAUGCCUCUGAGCCAAGACUCGAAUAUCACCAAAGCAGAUCGACAGCGGCCGCCGCAGCCAGAUAGCCAGGUAGCUGCACCACCUGCACUCACACCUGGCCUGUCGAGGGACCCCUCCGGACGCGGCUCACAAGCCUCUGCUCGCCCCAGUUCCAGGGGCCCCAAAAUGGACUGGACGUAUGAAAUGCGAUAUGCGCUCGUUUUCCUGUGGGAACACUUCCCGCGACAGCAAAUGAGGGAAAUCUUCCAAUACCUAUAUCGUACGGAGAUUCCUCGUGGAUACCUUGAUUCGGAGGGUGUGAUUCAUUGGAAUAUCUUGAAAGGUAUGUGGCAAACGAGGACCCGCGGAGGCAACGGCCCGGUCCCGCAAGAAUGGGCGGAGAUCGCGUUGGCACCGGCUGACGAAGCGGAGCGUUUGCGACGUGCUGCAAUCAAGGCCAAGAUCGAUGCCGCCGCUGUGGCUGUCCAGAAUCCCGCCGCUGUGCCUGUUCAGAACGGCUGA